GGCCGUCGUCCGCUUGCUCGUCGACCGCGGAGCCGCGGUUUCGGUCGCCACCGAGAACGGGUUAACACCCGUGCACAUGGCGCUGGGGUGCCGGCCCUCGCCAUUGGCGGCGCGGCAGCUCCACCGCAGGGAUUGCCCCGCCGUGCUCAGCGCGCAGCACCAGGCGACUACGCGUCUACUCGUCGAGCGCGGAGCUAGUGUCUCGGCUGCCGAUGGGAGCGGAAAGACGCCGUUGCAUGCCGCUGCGGAGAAGAGGUGCGAGGCGAUUGUGCGGGUGCUGCUCGACUGUGGCGCCGGAGCCACGGUAGCCGACAAGUUUGGGAGGACACCACUUCACGUCGCAUCGAGGCGCGGGCACAAUGCGAUAGCUGGUCUGCUCAUCGAUCGUGGAGCUGACGUCUGGGCCGUCGAUAAGAACGGAGCGAGGCCGCUGUAGGUCGCUUUGGGAAGGAGGGGCGAGGCCGUGGUACGCCCACUCGUCGA